AUGGAUUUAGAGGUGAGGGAUGCGAACACCUCGAACUGUUCGCGGAAUGAGAGCGGCUGCGAGCUGAGCGCUUCAUCCGCUGGAGUGUCCACUGCGCUGGCCAGCGUGCUGAUCUUCACCAUAGUGGUAGACAUUCUGGGCAAUGUCCUCGUAAUUCUGUCCGUGUACAGGAACAAAAAACUCAGGAAUGCAGGAAACAUCUUCGUGGUGAGCUUGUCUGUAGCAGACCUGGUGGUGGCACUGUACCCCUACCCUCUGGUCCUCACGGCCAUUUUCCACAAUGACUGGACCAUGGGGGAUCUGCACUGUCAGGCCAGUGGCUUCAUCAUGGGCCUCAGCGUUAUUGGAUCCAUUUUCAACAUCACAGCGAUCGCCAUCAACCGAUACUGCUACAUCUGCCACAGCCUCCACUACGAUCGUCUGUACAGCCUAAGAAACACCUGUUGCUACCUGGGCCUGACUUGGCUGCUCACAGCCAUUGCCACGGUGCCCAACUUUUUCAUCGGUUCUCUGCAGUACGACCCCCGGAUCUACUCUUGCACCUUUGCUCAGACAGUCAGCUCAUACUACACCAUCUCAGUGGUGGUUAUACACUUUCUGAUCCCCUUACUGGUUGUGUCCUACUGCUACAUGAGGAUAUGGGUGCUAGUGAUUCAAGUAAAACAUCGGGUUAAACCUGAGCAAAGGACUAGACUGAAACCCAGUGAUGUGAGGAACUUCCUGACUAUGUUUAUGGUGUUUGUGUUGUUUGCUGUGUGUUGGGCUCCACUGAACCUCAUAGGCCUAGCUGUAGCUAUAAACCCAGUGAAAGUUGCGCCCAACAUACCUGAGUGGCUCUUUGUCACAAGCUACUUUAUGGCAUACUUCAACAGCUGCCUCAAUGCCAUCAUAUAUGGACUACUAAACCAAAACUUUCGUAAGGAGUACAAAACAAUCCUUCUUGCUCUUUGUGUUCCACGUUUGCUCCUUAUGGAAACCUCCAGGUGUGCUACAGAGGGACUGAAGACUAAGCCUUCACCGGCUGUAACAAACAAUAAUGUAGCAGAGAUUAAUGUAUAAAUCAAUGUUUAACUGGGCAAUUGGAUGUGCCAUGGUUCACCCAGUGCCUUGUCAAGAUGUGCAUCAUUUUCCUAUUUUGUUUUUCUCUGUUUCUGUUUGUUUUUUUUAUUGUGAUAAGGUGUGCAUUUACAAGUCAACAAAAGUUAAUAUAGGGUGAAGAGACAUGAUAUGUUAUAGUAACACAAAUACAAA